UCGAGAGACACCCCAAAGAGUUACAGCUUUCAAUUUAGUACUGCAAACACUCGCCGUGAGUUAAUAUCUGCCUUCCAUUUCCUGGUGUAACCUCGUCACCCGCGAAAACGACCCCGUGAAACUUGUCGCCCGAUUGUUCGGUCGCAGCGGAACCGUGAGGAUGUGAGGAAGGAUGCACCCAGAAGCAGCGCGUGAGAUCGUCGUGAUCGCCAGGAGAUGGCCGCGACGCUCGUUUCAACGUGAUCCCUCCAGGCAAGCAGGGAACGCGAGGUCCGCCGCCGAGCGAUGCACUGAGGCCCCGUCUCGUGGUGGAUUAUACACGAGCUGCAGCUAGGACAAGCAGCGAGCCAAAACUGGACAUGGAGGAGGUGCGAGGUUCCCCGGCGCGCCGUCUUUCGCAGAUCCUCGACCCGAUCGCGAGGCUCACCACCGAUUUCGGCUCGAACUCGGCCCCCUGUAGUCCCAGACUGGGCGUACGCGGCCAUGAUACAAGCGGUGGUAUCGUUCAGACGGGGUCACCAGCCGAGGCCGCGCUUCGAAGACAACAAACGGGCUCGGAGUCGAAUAGAGGCGGAUCGGCGAGCGGCCCGGAGAGUCCUCGACUCUGGCCGAGGCAGAUUCGUCAGGCUCCUGUCCCGCCACCGCGGCCCAGACACGCGAACAACAACCUGACCGCAGCGAACACUGCCUCUGGAAGUCUGUCGCCGCCGGUGCACGCGAGGGACUCGCCGUACGUGAACGUUCCGAACCUGUUGUUCCGGGAAAAGGACAAGGGUUUCGCGGAAGCUGCGAGGAGCGCAGGCUAUGUCGAGCUCAGGGACACGAAGCCAAAGUGUAGCCCGUAUGAUUUCACGUCGGAGUCCAGUGGCCACGUCGAGUACACCGACAAACGAACGUUCGCGGCACAGACUGACUUCGAUGGAUCCUCCGGUUGUUACGACGCCAAGGACCUGGCCGCGUUCGCCAGGGUCAGAUCGAACUUUGACCCCGGACCCGCGACCCGACCGGCCGGACACUUCGAUCGGGCGUACUCGCUCUCUGGUAGACAGCCUGAGCAAUCUGGCAGGAUGUACGCGGAAAAUCGGCUGUACGUCGAGCAGAGGAACACGGCAGCGGCAGCUACUUCGGAAGCGAAGAAAGAGAAGCUGGAGGGCAGACCCGCUUACGGUUCGUCCAAGAGCUUCGAUGGAUACUCGACCGCGGUGGAGGACCUUAAUUGGCAGGAGAGGUGCCUGGAGCUGCAACUCGAGCUGCACAGAAGCAGGAGCCAGGCCACCAGGGUUAGAGACAUGCUACGCGAGAAGGUCGCAGCGGAACCGUGA